AUUUUAAUUAAUUAUUCUGUUUCAUUCCAUGGUAAGGUUUCUGCCAAUGCCAGAAAAAUCAAGAAGAUCCUUGUAAGCUUAAGAGUCGUGUCGUAGGCGACGCAACAUACUGUGAUCGUUAUUGGGAGUGUGUCGAUGGUCAACCAGAGCUCUAUGAUUGUCCUAAUGGCCUUGUUUUUGCUGGCAAGAAUCGUGGCGUAACUGAGGGAUGUGAUUACCCAUGGAGAGCGUCAUAUUGUAUAGGAAAACAAACAGCAAAUGGUCCACUUUCAAAUGAACAUUGCGACUGGUUGUACGGAAUUUUUGGACAUGAAACUUCAUGCACACGUUACUGGACUUGUUGGAAUGGAACUGCCACUGAGCAAUUAUGCAUUGGUGGAUUACUUUAUAAUGAAGUAGCUCAUAGUUGUGACUGGCCAGAGAAUGUUGAAGGAUGUCAGAAGCACCCACUUUGUAAUGAUGAUGCAAACGGAAAUGUGCCAUUAGGGAAAUCAUGCAACCGCUAUUGGAAUUGUCAAGGCGGAUAUCCUCGUCUACAGAGAUGUCCCGCCAUGUUGGUCUUUGACCGUCACUCUUUGAGAUGUGUUGUACCACCAACUGACGAUUGCGAUGCUCCUGCAACUCCAGCUCCCAAUGAUGAUCCGGCAGAAGCUGAACGUGGUCAAAGAAACAUCUACACUGAAGCACAAGCAUCACAACCACAACAAUCCCAACAGCAGAACCAGCAACAGCAGAAGCUUGCGGGACGACCCCGAAAUUAAUUAAACUCUUUUUCUUCUUCUCCUUCUCUCUUAUCAAACAUCAUUGCAUCUCUUCCCUAAUGUAUUUCUGACACGCAAGCAUUUUAUCAUUUCUUUGCAUCUCUCUGAUAACAACGAAAGAUGAAAAUUCCAUCUCUCUUCUACAAACUUAAGCGAAACCAUCUACAUAGCAUGUGAAUCAUGACAAGUAAGAAGCGUUACUUUGACUCAGAUUUAUAUUAACUCAACUCUCAGACGACAUUUAUUUAUAUGUAUUUUGAAUGGAGCUUCAACAUAUUUUCAUUUUCACAACACCACUCGAGCUUUCCUUUCCUUUGCUUUGCUUUCAUCGCUAAGAAUGUGUAAUUCAAACAUCUUCAGUGAAGACGAAAUAACAAAAGACGAAGAAAUAAAAGAGCUAUCGUUAUCACGCAUGAUUAAAUAGAUUAAAGCAAUUAAAAUUUAAUGUGAGCAUGUAAAUAUAAAUGAACGAGAAAAUCAUGCAAAUUAAGAAAUGGAAUUAAAAUAAGACAAACGGAAAUUUGUUUCCAUUUUAUCCGCCACACAACACCAUAAAGUCGUGAUUUAUGUACUGAAUUUUCCUUUAAAGAUAACAACAGAAACAACAACUUAUUAACCAGAGCGUUCUAAUGCAACACAGACAUACACUUCACAAUCAUACUUACAUAAAUUCAAGGAGUGCUUGAGUCAGAAAAUCUUCAUACAUAUGAAAAUUAAUUAUAUUUGAAUUGCUAAUAGCUUCAUCUAUGCGAAGCGAGAAUGAAUGGAAAGCACAUUAAACAGUUAAAUGAGUGAAGAAGUUUUCGGAGCUUUAAAGCAUGGCAGAAAGUGAAACAUUUCCUUUUGAAUGCGAUGUGAACAAACACUAAAUAUUAUCAUGAACAUAUCUAUAUUUGUUAAACUUUAUGCUUUAUAUGUUAAGGGAGAAAGUGUCAAGCGUGAAAAACUUUCAAUGGCAUCAAAUGAAAAUUUUGUCACUGUGAGAAGAUUUGAAUUUUUAUUAACGUCGGUAUUAAAGGUGACGCAACUAAAUCUAUAAAUAAUUUUCAGUUAAAGUUUUCAGUCGUAUAAACUUUCCCAUUCAAUAACAGUAAUAAUAUAUAAUUAAUGAAAAUUUCCACAUCCUUUCAUUUCUCGGAGCAUGAAAGAGAGAAAAAUGUUUGGUUAAAAAUUAAACUCAGAUUCAUAAAUAGAUACUAAUGUGGAAAGGAAACAGUUCAAAUGUAGUAUUAUUCAUUAUAAUGAAUUUGGAAGCGAGCAUCGUGCACAUUCUCCCAUCUGAAAGACUCAAUUUAACAUACAUUGCAAAUGAAUACAUGACAAAUAAAAUUUUUAUGAUUUUUCAAGUAUCUUCAACAUGAGAAACGUGAAAUUGAAAUUAUAUGAAAUGAAAUUUCUAACAUUAUUUAGUUUCAUGAUUAUAACAUUUCCUCGAAAAUGAUAUAAAUCAUUUUGGAGCUUCGUUCUUCAUAAUUUGGGUUGAACAUUUAUAGCAAAUAUUUUGUCCCGAGGGCGCACAAAUGUAAAAACUUUUGACGAAGGGAAAACUUUCAACUUUAAUAUUCAAAUUUAAUCUUUCAAAAGAAAUCUGUUCUUAAAUUAUGUGUUUAUUUGGGAUAUGGAUCAGAAGCUUCCUACCUACAUAUCUAUUUACUUUGAAACAAAUGAGAUAAAACUCAGAUUAUCCUAGAUUAUAAUCUAUAUUGAACAUUGUUAAAUUUUAGAAAACUAUUUAAAAGAAAAUUAACUUCUCAAUAAAUCAUUUCAAGGAAAUAAA